AUGUCCUCCCUCUUUACGGGAUGGAGGGAGGUAGUCAAGCGCUUGGCGCCCAAGUCUCGCCGUCUGAGAGUGCAGCUUCGUGAUGGGGAGGGCGCGCUCAUGUCGCAGGAAGGCGAGCUGAAGGCCAUCACUGAUUACUUCAAAGGUAUCUAUGGUCCUGAUCCUCCUGCAAACUCCCCUUGUGGGCCUAUGAGCCGUUUCACUCUGGAUGAGGUUCUGGAGGCCCUGCACAAACUUCAACCUAGUAAAGCCCUUCCUCCACAGAGUGCACCUGCGGUGCUAUGGCGCGUUUGUGCUGCAGAAGUUGCACCUGGCAUACAUCGUGCUCUUGAAGCAUCGUUGCAACGUGUAGCUCCCUGCCUCCCCGCCCGAUGGCAUGACAUUACUGUUUGCCUGAUACCCAAGGUUUCAGAAGUCCGGAUGCCUAAGCAACUUCGUCCAAUCUGUUUGCUGCCGCCGGGGAGCAAGAUCGUAGCAACCAUGUUGGCCGACAAGCUACGCGAUCACAUCGCAUUGUAUAUGCAAGCCAUUCCUCAGUUUGCUUACUUGCCUAAGCGAUCAGCAAAUGAUGCUCUGCUGCGUGUCUGCUCGCAUCUCAAUCUUGUGAGGGAUUUGGCUUCUAAUGCGAACCCUUCGCUGCAUGCUAAGCAUGCUGGGGCGAAGACCCAGAGUCUUCGUGGAGGCGUGGCUCUGAGCCUGGACGUCAAUAAGGCUUUCGAUGCCUUACCCAGAAGUUACCUGCAUCAGUCCAUGCGGCGGGCUUGUAUACCAGAGGCGGACAUAAACUUGAUUCUCCACAUUCAUGAUGCUGCCCGCAUGGUGUAUCAGGCCGGUCUGAGCCUUAGCCUUGAGAAAACUGUUGCACUCAUGUGCCUGCGUGGGGGAGCAGCCCAGUCUCAGUUGGCUAAAGUGUGCCGCAAGGAUGGUGAAGGUGCACAAAUCGGAUAUCAGAACUUUGAGCUCUCGAAUCUCCAACAUCGUAUGAAUGUUGCAUGGGGUACCUUUUGGCGCCUACACUCCAUCCUGCGCAGCCGGGCGCUGAAGCUGCGUACGAAGAUCAGGUUGUGGAGACGCGCUCUCAUCACCACGAUGGUAAAUAAGCAGCUGCGUAUCAUUUUGAAGUCCCCGGCGCACAUACGCCGAACGACGGCUGUACAGGUCCGAACGGCUUGCCGGAUUGACGACCCGUGGUGCUUGCUCCAAGCAGACCUUGCCAAUAGGAUCGCUCACUCAUACGAACAAGUGCCGAGUAGCCACGAUGGGGAAAACAAACAGAACCGUGCUCUCCUUCAUCCGGUCAAUAGUGUGCACCACUUCCGUGAAAUCUGCUGCCCCGUGUGUGGCAUUGAGUUCAUCUCGUUGUAUGCGAUGAAAUCGCAUGUAACGAAGGAGCACCUGCGAGCCCUGCCUGAUGAAGAUAUGGACCCCUUACAGGAUUUGAUUUUGGAUAUGUACUCAGAUGUCACCAAACGUACUCCGGUGCUCACAGCUUUGCCUGGACCUCUGCUUGAGACAGAUGCUCACACGCAGUUUGUGUACAUGCAUGCGCUUGGCGGUAUGGCCACCUGUGUUCACUGUCGCCGGAAGUGUAAGUCGUGGCACGACCUCACAGUUCACAUCACCUCUAGAUCCUGUCGGGCGUUGUUCCCGGAUGGCCUUGUGAUGCAGGUCCCUGUUCAGAAUCCCAAUCCGAUCCCGACUGCAUUUGAUCCGGAAUGCCAAAAGAAGUUUAGGAAAAUGACACUCAGCCCAGAGGAGAACGCGAAGAAGGAGCUGGAAGACGCCACGAUGGAGCUUGGACUGCUGGCGUCAAACCUCCGGCAGUUCCAGGGCACGGAGGGGGGUCUCAUAGGGGCCCUAAUGGGCUCCACCGGUUCUGGUCUGGACGGAGACCAGAGGCAGGCGAAGUGGCAGAAGGACCAGUCCAAGGGUCAGAACGGCAAAGGAUGGGGGGUGAAUGGACGGCAAAAGCGCCCGUUUCAGAACAACCAGCAGGGCGGAGGGACAGGAACAUCCUCCAAUGGCUUGGUGCUGUCGCCAGACACCAUCCAGAUGCUCAUCAAGCUACUGCUCCGACACGAGGACCAGCUGGCGACGUUCCGUUUGUCAACGGCUUGGGUCUUCUUUCUGUCAGCGGAGAAGCCGGUGGAGAUCAUCGAAACGCUCUUCCUGACGGCCACGCAAUGGAAGAAUCAGAAGCUCAACGACCCCAGCUCGCUGACCAAUCCGAUGCGUGUCAUCCUAUUCCAAGCCACGUGGAAGAUGCUACACACGAGAACGGAGAACAUUCGCACGAAGGAGGAGGCCAAGCAGCAAGCCAUCGAAAUGGGCCUCUACGACGAGUCCAAGGGAUUCCCAUACCAGACUUGGAAUGCCAAGGACAAGAAAGCCCAGAUCGACGAGAGCAAGGACCCGCUGCCGCUGGACAAGGUGCUCGAGCUGACGGCGGAGCUCAUGAAGUUGGCGGUGGGCAACGGAGUGGUCACCAGAUAUCACUGCACACGCCCCUUGACGGAAGACAUGCAGGGCAAGAUGACAACAUGGCUGAUGGAAGUGGGGUUGCGAGACAGCCGCUGCAACCGCAUCUGGGAGAUCCUCGCCGUGUUGAAGGGCAACGCAUCGCUGAAGCUGAUCGGAGGAGCCAUUCGCGAGGAGCGCCUCCAGCGAACUCCGCUCGCACAGUUGCUCGCCCAGCAGCUGAAGAGGCAGUCCGUAGACAACUCCUUCUGA